AUGAAAAUUAGGCAAUUAAGAAAAAGCAGGAGGCAGCAAGCAAUGACAGCCGGCAUAUAAUAAUGAAGAUCUAUGCAUACUUUCUCCGCCAUCAAUGAAUCGAUAAUGGGCUUCCGAAUGAGAUCAACGUCAUACAACUUUUUCUCCUUCAAAUAGCUCUCCGCAUUUUCGCCACAAUUUUUCAUUCCUUAAGUCUUGGAUGAAGGUAUUCUGACUCCUUCCCUUCCCCCAGAUUCUCUUUGGCCAUACACCUCAUCCAUCAAAGAUGGCGACUGGCACACUAUUUUUACAAGAAGAGAAUUUUUAUUAAAACAAACAGCGUAGAACUCUCUCGGGCAGAAGCAGUAGUGCCGUUCUAUUCUGCCAUGCUAGUAUUUUUUUUUUAUUUCUACCAUUUUCAUUGGUAAAAAGCAGCAGUUCUGCACAUAUGACUACGAGGACGAGAGGGAUGGACCAGCAUUUUUGUACCAAAUUGACUGGCGACCAGUACGGAAUCAUGCUGAUUCAUACCAAGACCUCACACUUCGGAAUAAGAAGGGGGCAUCUUCAAACCUCUAGGAUAGUCUCAAAGGAACAGUGGUCGGUUAAAUAUCCGUUCUCGACCUUCGAGAACCUUUUGCUGACCAAGAAAAUCUGCUUCCCAUUUUGGGAACGCGUCCUCAGAGUCGGCAAAGCUCCCUUUCACGGGGUAAAUCGAAACGUUUCUAGAAUAGUUUACACAGACAGUAGAUGGUCUCCAAUGGUUCUUGGAGAUAUUUACAGAAUACAAACAAAAUCAAUUUUUAAAAAGUUGUCAAAUUCGUUUAUCCUUGUUCUUAUCGUCCAUCGACUUGUACUGUUCUAACAGUGGGCAAGAAAAAGGUUACAUCAUUGAGAUUCAAUAGUUGGCAGAUGCUGUGUCAAGAAUUCAAUUGAAUUCUCAUCCAGCUCCUUCUAUAAUUUACAAUCGUUUGUUGAUAUGUUGAUUUUUUAAAAAUUAGCACUUAAAAGAGUCAUUAACAAAAGUUAGAUAAUCGAAAUAUCUUGGGGCUUUCAAUGAUGAGGUAUAGGUCAGAAGUGAUUGCAAUAGCCAUCAAUGAGAUGAAUAUUUUGGACAAAAUAAAAAAAUUUAAUCAGUUGAGUAGUUUUUUGGAUGUUGAAGAAAUUUUGUUUAGAUCCAAAGUUGAAUAUCAUCUUCAGUAUAAAACAUUGUACUUAUGAGAGGAAAUUUUGUGCCAACUCUCAAGUUAACAGCUGGUUUUUGUCAAAACAGCGCGUGCACGCAUCUUUAACGAAACAACAAAAAUUUUAAUAUCUGGAAAAUUUUUUAUUGAAGCUUGUUGGUUUUUGGAGUUUUUCUCAAAUACAAAAUUCACUCCUCUCCUAGUGUAUGUUAUUCCAUCUCUCGAAGGGUAGUACAUGAUUUUAUUACAGUAUGCCCAGAGAAUAAGGAAAAAGGAUAACUUUUUUACCGUGGUGGUUGUGGCAAGUAAGGUCCUCGUAGUCAGUUUUAACUAUAGUCUCUCUUGAGCAUCCGAACAGCAACAUACCUCUUCAUUAGUAGAAGUUGUUCAUCUUUUAUAACUAAUAGAACUCCAAAUGCAAAGUGAAAAUUAUUUUAAAUCCAAAAUCCAAUGAAGGUUCAGAAGUUUGGGUUAGAUGAGAUAGAAGACAUUGAUAUGAAUGUAGUAAAAAAAAUCGCUUUAGUAAUUUUUAAGAAAGUCAAAUAAUCCUCUAAAAUAUCAACUGAAAUAUCUGAUAUGUUAUUCAUCCGGUUCACCCCAGAUUCACUACGGAACAUCGUAUACAUAACAGGUCGGAAAACGGACCAUAAUUUCCAAUCAACCUUUGCCUUGCGAGUAUUCAUUCUUCCAUCAUGAAAGUAUAUUUGUGAAAUUCGGAGAUUUUUUAUUAAUGUUUCGAUUAAUGAUCUAUGUCCGGAGUACUGGAAGAUUUGUCGUUUUAUCUGCUCCCCCAUGAUUUUGAUGUUGGUUGGUCACCAUUUGUCCUUGUGCUUAUCUCUUUCUAAUUUCGCCCUCUAAUGACUAAUUUCUCAAUAUUUAUGGAAAAGGCUCGCUGAAAAUGUUCCCUAUUUUUUCCCCAUUUUUUACAUACCAAUAUUUAUGGAUAAUUUUUGAUGAUCCGGCAAUUACAAAAUAAACUUUUUCAACUGCAAGGGUUUGUAGAUGAACAAAAUCAGAUAAAAAACAAUCUAGAUAACGUUCACUCUGGGGUAUAGUCAGGGCAUAGUUAAGUGACAAAACUUGAGAUUUCUAACUUGAAUUUCAGGGCUUUUACUUCUGAAUGAAAGUCUUGUAUUUGACGGUUUUGUCAGUUCUCUACUUUCAAUAGCAAGUUAUCAAGAAUGUUAUGAAACACGCAAAAAAGUGGAUUUUUACGUCAUACCUAUGUGGAUGCGCUGCAAGAUUCGCAAUUUUUGAAUUUAGAGAAAAUAGAAAGAAAAUACGGUGAAAUUUCAACUUAUGAUAGCUGUUAUUAGUCUUUACUUUGAUGCGUCGUUUUAACUCGAUUGAUCCAAUAAUUUCUGAGAUAUAACAGCUUUUGUCAAUUUCGUUUUUCAUAAAUAUCUCACCAACUACUUCAAGGAUUUCAAAUUUUUUUUUCAAAAUACGCCCUGCCGUGGGUCCUGUCACUAUCAAUCGGAACCUCCACAUCUUCUCAGAUAAAAUUUUGAGAUAUCGGUGUUUUAGGUUUUAUCCUCAUAAUUGUUAUGAACAGCAUGAAUGAAAAAAAAAUAGAGAUAUCGAGUUGAAAUUUUGUAGACUUGUAACUCUCAUAACAUGAAAGGGUGCUAUUGUGGGUGAACGCAAUCAGCCGAUUGGUUCCAGAGAUAUUACACCUUUUGCAUGAAUGUAUUUCCUUAAAAAAUUCAUGAACCACUAAAUAAAUUUUGAUUUUUCUUUUCAAAAUACUCGUUUCGAUAGACACUAUACAAAGGUAUGAAAAUGUGUAUACUUGUUGAUAGAAAAAUCACGGGAUAUUACUAUUUUUACAUUUUUGAACUAUUUUCAGUAUUUUUGG